GGUGAUAAGGGAACCCGAAACCCGAAACGAAAGAAAAUUGCUUUUUCUUGUUUGCUGUUAUGAGUAGAAUGGAAGGGAUCUGUCACGCGCUUGUUUGUGUAGGGGCUUUCGAUUUUAGCGUCUAUCUCGAGGCAUUAUAAUAGAUAAAGUUGCCUCUCUCCCCUUUUCCUCUUUUACGAGAAGUAUCAGACAACCUCAUGUCAACUCUUACUUCGCUCAUACUAUUACUAUCUCUUUAAGGUGUACUGCAUACUAUACGUCCACGAUGACAUUAUCACGCUCAACUCAGCCGCUUAAGGCCCUUUACGUAAUAUACUUCGCCUUAAAACUCCCAUUUAUAUUCAUCUCUCUCAUACUCUACUACACCAUCCCUUCACUACGACCUAUACGGGAAUGGAGCAUAAGAACAAGUGUAGCAACCUAUAUUAUACGAAUAUUUUUCAACCUCGUCUCUGUCAUCGGCCUUUCGAGUCUUCGACCCCUCACAGCAGAGAAGGCGAAGGAACGGUUUGCCUACGUCGAACCUGGCAAGGACGAGAUCUACUCAGGCGUCUUAUCCCCGGCAGCUAUCAAGCCAGUACCCUUGAAAGGGCUUUGGGAUGCGAACCUAGGUGGCCCAGUAACCAUUGACACAUCCAAGGUUAUCCUCUUUUUCCCCGGAGGGGCCUUUAUCUUUGCGUUUGACCCCUACGAGGGAUCCAGCAUCGUCUCCGAUCUAGUAAAACGUGUUCCAGGUGCAAGGGUAUUCCUCGCUCAGUAUCGACUUGCCACGUCGGCUGCCAAUCGAUUUCCAGCCGCAAUCCAAGAUGCGCUCACUUUUUACAACUACAUACUAGGCCUCGGUAUCGAUCCUAAGGAUGUUAUCUUCUUAGGAGACUCAGCCGGGGGGAACGUGGCCGUGGGACUGCUUAGAUAUCUGGAAGAAACGCGGAAGCUUCCAUUGCCCGGCGGUGUGUUGGCACACUCGCCGUGGAUUCACGUAACCAACGAUUCGAAAAGUCAAUACGGAGAUUCACCUAAAUUACGUACCGACUGUAUCAACUGGCCGGUCCUUCAGACUGGAUACGACCAGUAUAUCCCCGAAGGUGGAAUGACCCCCGAGGUAGCACCGUACUUUUCCCCCAUGACGCAUCCCUUCAAGACGAGCGUACCGGUAUACAUCCAAUCUGGAGACGCCGAGGUCUUCUACGACGAAAACAAGCAAUUCGCAGAGGCAAUGGAAGGAAUUGAGGGCAACAAGGUGAAAUUCCACACAAUCAAGAACGCACCCCACGACCUGAUCUUGUCGCAUAGGAUGGUAGGUUUGACUUCCGAAGCGACCGCCUCGGUCGAGGACGCUAUAGCUUUUGUUAGCAAGAGCGUGGAUUGAAAGGGUACACGCAUAUGAUUACGAUGGGUCGAAGAGGGACGUUACAUUGGUGAUGGAGGGCCACCCCCAGCCUCCGGACCUUUUUCUUUUUUUUCCUCGGGGCACGCAACUAAUACAUACGAUGGGAAUGCUCAGAUCCGAAGGAGCAUAAUGCAUUGAAGAUGGGGCAAUGGAUAAACCUCGACAGGGUUUUAAUGGUUCAACGAUAAUGAUGCACACCGCCAAGGUUAUAUGGAGGUCGAUGCGGAGCGGGACGGAUCAGGGGUAUCCCACGUGGUUCAACCCCUGUAAAUAGCUUCAAAUUACGGUUUGGCCAAGCUGCCUUUCUGAGGAUGUCGCAAGCUAAUACACCAGAACUGAUUCCAGUUCCAACGAUUUGAUUAUUUUCCGUCGAUAUCAAUUACCUAUCGGUCAAGUCUGUUGCGAUCUUUGGUUGGUGAUGCUUGUUAAGGGCAUGUGAUUUCCUUGAGAGAUCUGAGGUAAUACUCCCGCUUAUCAUAGUAGAUGAUGUAGAUCGUCUUUAGAUCUUAUGCUAAGAUCGCUGUUUGGCUUGCCGCUUACGAAGAAGUAAUGUCCUCCAAUUGGGAGAUAACCGAAUCAAGACCG